GUUUAGAUGAUCUUCUAGCUGUUCAAUAUUGCCUUGCUCUAUACUUCAUAUAUGAUAUGAUGCCCAUCCUUGGUGUUCUUCUUCCAUUGCUGCAUCUAGCACAUGCAGCAUCCAUCAUUUCCCAGUCACAUUCCUAUCCACUCAACUCUCGUUCGAUUACGCUGGGCCCUCAAACUGACUUAGUAAUUGCUAAUAAUUUUAUUGCUCCAGACGGAUUUAAUCGCUCUUCAACUCUCGUUGGAGGAAUGUUUCCGGGUCCAAUUAUUGCAGCUCAGAAAGGAGACCAAUUUGCGAUCAAUGUUGUGAACCAACUCACCGAUGAUUCAAUGUUCCAAAGCACCAGUGUGCACUGGCAUGGAAUAUUUCAGAAUGGGACUAACUAUGCGGAUGGAGUCGCGUUCGUUACUCAAUGCCCCAUUGCGCAAAACGACUCGUUUCUGUACACCUUCGAGGCUCAGAACCAGGCUGGAACCUACUGGUAUCAUAGCCACUACUCGACGCAAUAUUGCGACGGCCUGCGUGGGGCUUUGAUUAUCUACGAUCCUGAAGACCCUCUGUCCUACCUAUACGACGUUGACGAUGAGACCACCGUCAUUACCCUUGCUGACUGGUACCAUACGGCUGCCCCUGUUUUAAACCAUUUCAGAACUGUCACCGAUGAUUCAACACUCAUCAACGGUCUAGGUCGAUACCGAGGGGGGCCCAACUCCGAACUUGCGGUAGUCAACGUUGAGUACGGUAAAAGAUACCGCCUACGCAUCAUAGCAAUGUCUUGCGAUCCCUAUUUUGUGUUCUCCAUCGAUAACCACAACCUGACGGUCAUUGAAGCAGAUGGUGUGCUGACGGAGCCCCUCCUCGUGGACUCGCUCCCGAUACUUGCCGGACAACGAUAUUCUGUCGUGCUGAAUGCGAAUCAGCCAGCCGACAAUUAUUGGAUACGAGCACUCCCAAAUACCGUGAACGCGACCUUCUCUGGUGGCCAGAAUUCGGCCAUCUUGCGAUACCAUGGCGCACCCGUCGCAGAGCCAACCACGAACCAGACUCAAAGUACCAUACCACUCAUCGAGCCUAACUUACAUGCGCUCAUUAAUCCCGGUGCACCUGGUAUCCCGGAAUAUGGAAAGGCAGAUAUCAACUUGAUGAUGGUGGUCAACAAAACCAAUGGAUUUUUUUAUAUCAAUGACGUUGCGUUCCAACCUCCGUCGGUGCCCGUGCUGCUCCAGAUCCUCAGCGGCGCACAAGAGGCAACCGAUCUCCUUCCAGACGGAAGUGUUUAUGUUUUAGAGCCUAACAAAGUCGUCGAACUGACAAUGAUAAAUGGUGCAAACUUUGGUCCCCAUCCAAUUCAUCUUCACGGUCACACUUUUGAUGUUGUACAGAGCACUGGCUACGACUCUUUCAACUACGUCAACCCCGUGCGCAGGGAUGUAGUAUCCAUCGGGGUUGAAAACCAACAGAUGGUGAUCAGAUGGAUUACAGAUAACUCUGGUCCAUGGUUCCUACAUUGUCACAUCGACUGGCAUCUUAAGGAUGGUUUCGCUGUAGUUAUGGCCGAAAGUCCCUCAGAGACUCAGAAGCAUAUCGGCCGCCCACCCACCGCAUGGAUAAAUCUCUGUCCAAUCUUCGACUCGUUAACUCCAACUCAGAUUGGAGGAGUGAAUUCGUAUCAGGAAGCAGAAAAUAUCGCCAUCGCUGCAGGGGACAAUCUCACCACAACACUGUUUCCCAAUACUAAUAGUACAUUAGAAGACUCGUAAACAGUCUGACUAGUAUGCGUUAAUCUGAGAUCAAGUUGAGAUGUUCGAUGUAGUCAUGUCCGUGGUAGUACGACACGCCAGGGUGGUCACGAUAGUAGCUAAUACUACAUAGUGUGCGCUGUGGUAGAGUGCGAAGCAACGGCGGUACCGCGACCCUUACUCCUUCCGUAGGAACGUAAAACUAGAAUAUGACGUUGCCAAUCUGAAUGUCAUCAGUUUGUAAGUACUGAGUAUGCUUUCUUCAUGUCUGCAUGCAUCUCCGUCGUCUAUUC